UAGACAACUUUCAAUGUUAGGUACCUGUUUUAGUGAACAUUUUAAGAGUUGCAAUAUAUACAAUUCCCGCCUAUGAAUCCCGCCUAUGAUUCCCACCUAUAAACUCGGUAGACAACUCAUAUAAUAUCGUCUAACUAUUUCCCCUAAUACAUGGCUCCUAUACGGGUAUCAGAAUGGCGGAAGCUCCCCCUAAAUGUAACUGACCUCUGCAUCGAGACAACUCUUCGUUGUGGGCAAUCUUUUCGAUGGCGUAAAAUAGAUGAUGAAUGGAAUUGCGUCCUUUAUGGACGACUGCUCUCGUUAAAGCAGGAUAAGCAUCAUCUUCACUACAAAGUAGUUUCAUCAACGGCUAUUCCAUCAGUGUUAACGCCUCCAUUAUCCACCAAAGAUGAACACGAUACCAUCAAUUAUGAUGAUACUGAAGCUCUUCUUAGACACUAUUUCAGUUUAAAGCAUGACUCAACGGCACUGUAUGACCAGUGGUCGAAGUCCGAUCCUAACUUCCGGAAGAAAGCGUCAAAGUUUAUGGGAAUUAGGAUUCUAAGCCAAGAUCCAUGGGAAGCGCUGAUCGCAUUCAUUUGCAGUAGUAACAACAAUAUUUCACGUAUUUCUCAGAUGGUUCAUAAACUUUGUAUACACUACGGCCCGCUAAUUGGGCACAUUGGAGAUGAGGCCUUUCACGAUUUUCCAACACCCCAGACACUUAGCGGAAAGAAAGUAGAUGCUCAUCUCAGGGAACUAGGGUUUGGUUACAGGGCUAAGUUCAUUGCCGAAACAGCCCGUUUAAUCUGUGAGGAGAAACCAGAGGGUUGGCUUGAAAGCCUCAUAAACCCCGAAAAUCCUGGCUGGUCUAAAUUGACUCUACCUAAAGCCGCAGAGGUGACCACAUACAGGCAUGCCCAUGGGCAGCUUCUCCUUCUCCCAGGGGUUGGCCCAAAAGUCUCGGACUGCGUCUGUCUGAUGGGCUUGGGCUGGGGAGAAGCAGUUCCCGUGGAUACACAUGUAUGGCAAAUUGCACAGAGAGAUUACAAAUUCGGCAAGGCCAAAACGAAGACCUUCUCCAAGGCAAUGUACGACUCCGUCGGGGAUCAUUUUCGAAAGAUCUGGGGUCCUCAGGCGGGAUGGGCCCAGUCGGUACUUUUCACCGCGAACCUAAAGUCAUUCUCAGAGCAGGCAACCGGCAAGGUCGAAGUUGUUGAUGUCAAAGUGAAGGUUGAGGAAGUUGGAGACACUACGGCCGAUAAAACCCCAGCCCGUACCCGAAAAAGACGCCAAGUAGUAACCGAAGCAGUGAAAGUUGAAAGCAAUACCUCCACAGAGUCAGUACGAACUAGCAAGAGGGUGAGGAGAACUAGAGGUUAAUUCCGAACAACCAUGUUCAAAAUAUUUCAUCAUCUUUGCCAAAUCCCUCUCGCGUCGUGGAAAUAAAAGCUCUACAGCAGCCUUUUUACUCCCGUUGUUAUACUUAGUUCCGUAUAUAACCCCGUUUCUCUUGUCGAUAAUCAAAUCAGAGGUUAGAUCUAGAAGUAUAGGUAGACAUAUAUCCCGGUAUUGAAAUCGCGACGUCUAGAGCAUUAGUAAUAUCAAUCAUAUAGUAAUAUAGGCCAAUGUCC